AUGGGAACUUGUUCAAAUCGUACAGAACAUAAGUAAAUAUCAGAAAAUUUACGAUUAAAAGCUAUCAUGAUCUUCUAAAAAAUUGAUAUCUACAACAAAGGGUAUAUAGAUAAGGAAAGAACUUUACAAUUUUGGAAAUCAAACUUUGCAAAAUUAAAUACAGAGGCUUUAUUUUCAUAAGUUGAUUAUAAAAAAAGCGGAAACAUAACCGUUUAGGAAUGGUUAGCAUUUUGGGAUAUUGUAAAAUAACAAGGAUAUUCAGAAUAGGAAAUAUCAGAUGAAGUAUUAGUUGCUAAAUAUAUGAAUGCAGUUAGAUCAAUUAUAAGAAGGGAAAGCUUGGGUGUAAUUCUAUAAAGUUGAUGCCUACAUUAGAGCAGAUAGAGAAAGACAUAAAACAUAAAUUGAUUCUAUUGUUUAGAUGGAGAAAAAAACAUUGUAGAAAUCAAAGUCUUUUAAUUAUAAUUGA